GCGGAGCACAGUGGAGCCGAAGCUAACGAUUAUAAAGCGUUUUUUAAGACAAGUGAAGGAUUUUGAGCUGAGAAAAAGUUUAUGAUCUAAAAAUAGGUAAACAAUCGCCAGCAAAUCCGACAUUUUUUUUUUCUUUGAGAAAAUGGGUCCCCCAUUUUCGAGAGGCGUUGUCGAGGGACGACGACGCAAAGAGACGCCGCGUAGGCGAAUCAUGUAAAUCAGCUUGAAUCGGAGAGACCUGUACCUGCCUGAACUAAUAAAGAGAUGUCUGAGAACUGUUUUAACUCUCCAAGACUCUUAUUUAAGAUUCUGUGUUCAGGCUGCCUCCACGAGAAGCUGACAGGAGGAGGCACUGUGAUGAGCAUUUUAGGAGUUUAACAUCCUGACCAGUGGGGGCAGUAAAGCACUGACCGUGUCUACUCUGCUGCACACAAAGCAGGAAGCAGACCGCCGAGCCUCUUGUGCGGUUAGCUCGGAGCUAAAGCUAAAAACAAUUUGUUAAAAUGUCCAAAAGCCAAACACUGAGAGCUUUGGUGAAUGAGCGGCUGACUGCGGCUGCUGAAGAGAUCUUUGCGCUGUUUGAAAGAACGAUAGCGGAGUAUGAGGAGGAAGUGUGUCGCUCCAAAGAGGAGAACCAGAGGAAACAGGAGCUCCUGGACUCGAUACUGAGCCCCUCAAAGAGUCCUGGCCCCGGUCUGAACCAGGACCCUCCACACACUCCACGGAUUAAAGAGGAGCCACAGGAGCCAGAGGAGCCAGAGGAGCCGAGCGUCAAACAGAAGGAACACACGCUCCUCGUGCAGCACUUUGAUGUUCAAGACUAUGCAAAUGUUACAAUAGAUUUAGAUGCACAAGGAACUCAAACAUCCAGAAGCAGCCAAGUGAGGACACAGUUCCCUAUCAUGUUCAGAUCGCCUGAGCAGGUGUCAGUGGGCGUCCCAGAGUCCAGUGCCGUUUGUGUGAAGACAGAAGAGUCCUCACUGCUUCAACAAAGACAAACUGAGCUCAGAGAAGAAACACAGGGAGAGAACAUUAGCGCAGAGACACAUUUACACUCAGAGACUGAGGGAGACACAGAGCACUCCUCUGACACUGAUAAUGAAGACUGGAGAGCUCCACUCAGCUGUUCAACUGCACAAAUGGAGACAGACGCUGAUGGAGACCACGACAACCAAGUCCAGAACUCUGGUCUAUCCCCCAAAUACAAGUCUGCACCAGAGACCAGUGCCACUGUGAACAAUGCAGACAUGUCAGGACCAGCAGAAAGAGCUGAGGACAAGAAACACCAGUGCUCUGUGUGUCAAAAAAGGUUUGGGACUAAUUGGCUGUUACAAAAACACAUUGUAAUUCACCCAGGAGAGAAACCAUUCAGCUGUUCAACCUGUGACAAAACAUUUAACCAAAAAGCUUAUUUAGAUCAACAUGAAAAGAUACACACAAAGAAACCAUUCAGCUGUUCAAUGUGCAAGAGAUCAUUUACAACAAAAGGUGAUCUAGCUCUACAUGUUAAGAUACACCUGGGUGAAAAACCAUACAGCUGUUUAAUGUGUGAGAGGUCAUUUUCUCAAAAGGGUGAUCUAAAUAAACAUGUGAGAACGCACACAGGUGAACGACCUUACAGGUGUUCAACGUGUGAAAAGACAUUUUCCCGCAAAGAUAUUCUGGAUGUACAUGAGAGAACCCACACAGGUGAGAGACCUUAUAGUUGUUCAGUGUGUGAGAAGUCAUUUUCUCACAAGUGCAGACUAAAUAUGCAUAUGAGAACGCACAGGUGAACGACCCUACAGGUGUGCCAUUUGUAAUAAAGGGUUUAUGCAGAGACAUCAUUUGAAUAUUCAUAUGAGAACUCACAGAACAGAUUGUGACUGAAGGAUUAUUGAUUGUGUUCAUGAGAUAUUUUAAAGAGCCUAAAUUCUGUUUUGGAGUUUGCUGCUGAAGACUCAAAAUACAGAUGUUUGGACCAGAUCAGCUCUUGUAUCUGAUUUUGAACCAUAACAGAGAAACAACUCUGUGAGAGUCACAGUCAGCUGCUUCUACACUUUUACAACACACUGCAUGAUGUAAAGGCUUUUCUCCUGAACUACAAGAAAAGCUGGUGUUGAUUUGGACUGAUUCUCUUCAUAGCUGCAUUAUACCGAAGCAAGUGGCAGAUUUUCAUGUUUUAAGUGUUUCAGUUUAUUUGUUUUUUGUGUGUAACACUCGAGUAGACAUUUUUCAGAAAAUUAGCUAGAAUGUCCUUAAAAGAUCUUCAAGUAUUGAGUUUUUAAGUACCAAUACGUCUCAAUACAAUGCAUUUCUAUUAAACUUUGAUCAAUCA